GUGCACAAAAGUGGGCACAUGGAACAAGGCUCAUAUUGAAAGCGUCAUUCCAAAAAAAGGCGUGGUUACUGGUUGUGGCCACGCCUUCGCGCACAUCAAUUAGGAGCCACGAAGGCGUUUGCUAGUGUAGUUAGCGUAGCGUAGCAUUAGCGACUCUGACAGCUGUUAGAACUCGGUUUGACCGGACACGGCUCGCUUAAACGAAUCAUGGCUAAGGUACACGGCGGGGCGUCUGGCUGUAGGGCUUUCGUUAUGGCCGGCCAGUUUUGGUCAAAGCCAGCGCCUCCGCUGGCUCAGCCGCAGCAGAACACGGGCCAGCGGAAGCUCGCCAAGAUCCAGCGGCGCAUGCUGUCAGUCACCGCCGCCGUGCAGGUUAACAAGCGGCCAGUCCAGACGCAGCAGGACGCGACCAACUUCGUCCCGCUCUCGGAUCGCGGCGUGUGGUCGAACCGCUCGCUGGUCUACCGGGACGUGAAGGCGUUCCUUAAUGAAGUCGGCGGCGAUCCGCGGGAGGCUCGCUACUGGCUGACGCAAUUUCAACGGGCACAUGUUUGCAAAGCGCCUGCUUUCGCCGUGCUGGAGAUUGACCCGUCGGUGUUCAAAAGCAUUGAGAUGGUGCAGAGCCUGGCGUUCGGCUUGUCCUUCCUGCAACGCAUGGAUAUGAAGACAGUGGUGGUCAUGGGGCUUCCUCCUGAGCUAAGGAAAGAAAACGGUGUACCAGAUGGACCCCUUUCCUCUGACUAUAGGACUAUACUGAUAAAAUAUUGCCAAGCUCUUGCCGAAGCCUUGCAGCACAGCUCUGCCAGUGUCAUUCCUUUCUUCAGUGCGGAGUCAAUGCUGCGUCUUCAGGAGCCUCCACACAGCAGCAGUGGUGCAGCGUCCCUCCAAGUAGACACGACCCUGCUUCAGUGGAGUCUGGACUGUGGGGCUAUUCCCCUGGUGUGUCCUGUGGGCUGUGAUACAACCGGCUGCUCCACUCUCUUCAAUUCAGUCGAUGUCACUGUAGCCAUUUCUCGAGCUCUCAAGCCGCUCAAAGUCAUGUUCCUGAAUAGCUAUGGGGGUCUCCGUAACCAAAACAUGAAGGUGCUGGGCACUGUGUCUCUGCCGAGUGACCUGCCCCUGUUAUCCUCAGCUGAGUGGCUGUGUGCGUUGGAGCGCAGGCAGGUCAGCGCUAUCGCUCACCUCCUCAACCAGCUGUCUCCAGAGAGCUCAGCAGUCAUCACUUCAGCUGAUACACUCCUCACUGAGCUCUUCAGUCAUAAAGGAUCUGGCACCAUGUUCAAAAAUGGAGAUCCGAUUCAUAAGUACAGUAGCCUUGAGGGCAUAGACAUGGACCGUCUAGUGGCUCUGAUUAACAAGUCUUUUGGAAAGACACUAAAGGAAGACUACAUUAGCUCUCUUAAGGACAGACUUCAUUCCAUCUAUCUGUCAGAAGGGUACAACGCAGCAGCUAUCAUCACCUCGGAGUCCAUCAGCAGUGGGAUUCUAUAUUUGGAUAAGUUUGUGGUGAGUGACAGCAAACAGGGUCAGGGUACCUGUCAGAUCCUCUGGCAGUGUAUUCGCCAGGACCUGGCCAAGCUCUUCUGGCGAUCCCGUGCGAGCAAUCGCAUCAACCAUUGGUACUUCAAGCAUUGUGACGGCAGUUUCGUGAACGGCCGCUGGACCGUCUUCUGGGUCGGCCUGUCAGAUAUCCGCGAGUCAUACGAGGUGGUGGAGUAUGCCAAGCAACUCCCAGACUCGUUCUGCCAAAACUCAGAGAGUGACGCACCUAUCCCGCAGGCGCCCGCUGGGUCUUAAACUCUUCCCCUGCAUUUGACACUCUGAAAUUCAACAUAUGACUGUAAAAGGCAUGACUGUGUGCUUUUUACAUGACCUUGACGUAUGGCAUUACUUUUAAAGCUUGGGGUUGCUGAGAGUGUCUUUCCUCUUGUGUUUGCUAGAUUUAUCAGAUUUAAGGUGAAAUUAGUUUGUUCUGGCAGUCCUGCUGUUACACGACAGGUUUGAAGGACAUUAUACAGGACAUUGAACUGGAAAAUUAAAAUUCCUAAUUAAAAAAUUGUUUACAGCAUUAAGCUCUAGAAGAUGCUGGCAUUGAUACACUGUGAAAGCAUUUAGAAUUUAUCAAAUUAUAGCACUUAUACUGAUGUUUUAUAUCACGGUAUCUUGAUAUAAUAUGUUCAAAGUGGACAUUUCUGGCAAACUUAUUGAUGCACUAUAUGGACAAAGGUAUGUGGUUCUUUUCCAAACUGUUACUACAAAGCUAAAAGAACACAAUUGUAUAGAAUGUCUUUGGAUGCAGUAUAACAACAUUUUGCAUUCACUUGAACUUGAAAACCCAAACCUGUUCCAGCAUAGCAAUGCCCCUGUUCACACAGUGAGCUCCAUCAAGAUAUGGUUUGCAUGGUUUAUAUAAACCUCUGAUCUCAACCUUACUGAACAUCUUUGGGAUGAUUCGGAACAGUGACUGCACCCCAGGCCUCAUCACCCUACAUCAGUACCUGACAGAUAUACACAAAUGUCCACCAGCACACUCCAAAAUCUUCUGAAGAGGGGAGGGAAUUAUAUGAGCAAUAUAGUGUAGCUGUUUGUUCGUUCUGACACUCAUUUAAGUCACUACAGUACUAUUAUUACACAGUUUAAUAAUCAGGGAUCAGGAAUGUAAAGCUCAGAUUACAGAGUAUUAAUAAAAAAAAAAUUUUGGGUAUGGGAAAAGCUAUUUAAUAUGUUUACAUUUCAUUGUCACAAUUUUCCUGAAUUAAAAUACUAUAUCUUA